AUGCCCUACCCUCCGCCAAGAAAUCCAGAUGACUUGAGAUCUGAAGCUCCCUCGGAGUCAACUGUUCCAAGUAGUGCAGAAGUUGAACAAAAUAUUGGAAGUCCAUUUAGAAUGAUGGAGGAAAGUUUUCAUGACCCUGAUGAAAUGUUGUUCGACCUAAAUGAAGAUUUAGAGGGUACUACCGAUCUCCCGGAUGAUGACGUACGAGUUGAAGCACCUAGAUCCGGGAUGGAAUUUGGAGAUGCGAAAGCGCUUAUGAUCUACUAUAAGCAAUAUGCGAAGCAAGAGGGUUUUAGGGUACGAACAUUUAGGACUAGAAGAGACGAUGAUGGGAGGCCUGUUUAUGUGACCAUUGGUUGUUACCGUGGUGGGAAGUACCAACCUAAGGGUAGUAACACCUCGAAGCCACGACCAACAACUAAAACGGAUUGUAAGGCGAAGGUAAAUGCAACUUUGAACAAGAAUGAUAAGUGGGUUUUCACCACUAUUGAAAACAUGCACAACCACAUAACUGUGAGCCCCAAGAAGACAAGACUUUUGCGAUCUCAUAAGUAUUUAGAUGAGUAUAGUCAAAGGAUGCUUGAGUUGAAUGACAGAGUUGGUAUACGAAUGAACAAAAAUUAUUAUUCUCUUGUCGUUGAUGCAAGGGGGUUUGAGAAUCUUCAAUUUCAAGAAAAAGAUUGUCGGAAUUUCAUUAACAAGUCUAGAUAUUUAAGGAUGAGUAAAGGAGGUGGCGAAGCACUUAAUCAGUAUUUCAAACGAAUGCGAGAUCAGAAUGAUGGCUUCAUCUCAAACAUGGACGUGGAUGAUGAUGGAAGGGUACAAAAUGUUUUUUGGGCCGAUGCACGAAGUCGAGCUGCCUAUGAAUAUUUCGGAGAUGUUGUAACUUUUGACACAAUGUACCUAACUAAUAGGUAUGGGAUGCCUUUUACUCCAUUCGUUGGUGUUAACCAUCAUGGGCAGUCUAUACUAUUAGGGGCGGGAUUGCUUUCAAGCGUUUCAAGCGAGGAUACACAUAUAUUUGUGUGGUUGUUUCGAGAGUGGUUAGAUUGCAUGAAUGGUCGGGCACCUAAAGCCAUCAUUACUGACCAAGAUCGGGCAAUGAAGAGUGCUAUUGUCAUCGUAUUCCCUGAAACUCGCUAUGGAUAUUGUUUUUGGCAUAUAAUGCGCAAGCUUCCAGAAAAAUUAAGAUCUCAUGCCAAAUUCAAUUCGGGGUUGAAGAUCUACCUGCAAACUGCAUUAUAUGACUUACAGACAACCACAUAA